UCCGGGAGGGUUCCGCGUUCUGGGUCCAGUCCUGCGGGUCUCCGGGGGAGCGGAACGUUCGCUGCACCCGGGCCUUUUCCGGCACGGAGGCCGGCGCUGGAGGGGGCAGAGGCGGCGGGGUCGUCCGCAGCAUCCCCGUCCGCGCCAGGAGAGCCGCCUGAGGGCACCAUGUGAAGGAUGGACGGCGGUUCGGCCGUGUCCGCCACGUUCCUGACCGACAGUUUGGAGCUGGAGCUGGGCACGGAGUGGUGCAAGCCUCCUCGCUUCUCUUGUGCUUUCGACAACAGAGAAGGAGCGUCUUUCUCUGGAGAGUCCUACCUUGCCAGUGGCGCUCUUAAGCGGUUGAUUUUAAAUCUUGACCCAUUACCAACUAACUUUGAAGAGGAUACAGUAGAACUGUUUGGCAUCCAGUGGGUUACUGAAACAGCAUUAGCAACUUCAUGUCGAGAGCUCUUCCAUUUAUUCAGGCAACAGCUAUUCAACUUGGAAUCCUUAGUUCAAGUCAACUGUGAUUUUGGGAAGAUAGCCACCUUACAUUCCAAAGCAGACAGUAUUAGACAGCGAUGUGUAACAUUUCUCCACUACAUUAAAGUUUUCAUCUUCAGGUGCCUGAAAGUGCAAGAUACUGAGAGCCACAAUCUUCAUGUCCAUCCCUAUGAGGCUUUGGAAGCUCAGCUUCCUUCGAUGUUGAUUGAUGAACUUCGUGGAUUACUUCUGUAUAUUGGACAUCUAGCUGAGCUUCCCAGUGUUACUCUAGGAGCAUUUGUAAAUCAAAACCAGAUUAAGCUCUUCCCACCAUCGUGGCAUUUAUUACAUCUCCACUUGGAUACCCAUUGGCUGGUGCUAGAAAUACUUCACAUGCUGAGUGAAAAAUUGAAACAAGUUGUUUAUGGUCGUCAUUUUAUCAGUCAGGCAGGUGACAGUUUAACCAACGUCAGCCUAUUUGAAGAACAUUGUGAAAAUCUUCUUUGUGACUUAAUAAGCCUGUCGAUCAACAGAUAUGACAAGAUUAGGCCUUCAGAAGCAUUAAUGGUUAAUCAUUACUCGUGCUCCUGUGUUAAAGAAUUGUGGGUUCUACUUAUUCAUCUUCUAGACCACAGAAGUAAAUGGUCUGUUGCAGAAUCAUUUUGGAAUUGGUUGAAUAAACUUCUUAAAAGACUUCUUGACAAAUCAAGUGACCAAAGAAGACCUUCUGUUUCUCUAACCCAGGCCAAGGAUCCAAUAGGCUUUAGUUGGUGGAUUAGUGUUCAUGUAGCAUCAUUGUACCAUAUUGAUCGCCAUGGUGUAUCAGAUGAACUGAGACAGAUGCAGUCAAACUGGAGCUUUAUAGAAGAACUUUUGAAACAGUCCGUCACUGUUCAGGAUAGUAUACUAGAAGAACAGUUACGAAUGUAUCUUCACUGUUGUUUGACACUUUGUGAUUUCUGGGAGCCAAACAUUUCAAUUGUCACCAUUCUGUGGGAAUAUUAUAGUAAGAAUCUGAACAGCUCCUUCAGUAUUUCUUGGCUUCCUUUGAAAGGCAUUACUAAUAUCAUCAAGUCACCCUUGUCAAUGCUUGCAAUGGUGAAGACGUGCACUGGUGACAAACAAAACCCUGACCUGUAUAAAUCCAGCAGCAGUUAUGUGAUUUUUCUUUGUAUUUUGUCAAAAGUCAUUAAGAAAGCAAUGAAGAACAGUGGCCCUCAUCCUUGGAAACAAAUUAAAGGAAGAAUAUAUUCUAAAUUUCAUCAAAAAAGGAUGGAAGAACUAACUGAAGUUGGCCUCCAGAACUUUUUCAGUCUUUUUCUGCUGCUAGCAGCUGUUGCAGAGAUAGAAGAUGUAGCCAGCCGUGUUUUAGAGCUCCUUCGUUUCCUCAGGCCUGCCUCCACGUCAUCUCAUAGAGCCCUUGUUUGGAAGGGUCAGAUGGCAUUCCUCCUGAUGUAUGCACAGAAAAAUCUGGACGUUGGUGUUUGGGUUGAAAAAUUGUCGAGUGAGUUCCAAGAGAAAGCAAAGGAAUUCUUAGUUUCUAAGAAUGAUGAAAUGGUGCAGAGGCAUACUCUGUGGACACUGAUUUGCAUCUAUAUUGAUGGUGUUCAAGAAGUAUUUGAGACCAGCUGUUGCUUAUACCCUUCUCACGAACACCUUCUCAAUGAUGGAUUUAGCAUGUUACUGCGAGCCUGUCGAGAAUCUGAACUUAGGACAGUGCUGAACUUUCUGCAGGCUGUUCUGGCCAGAGUCAGGAAUGUUCACCAGCAAUUGUGUCAGGAACUUCAAAGGGAGAAUGUGGACCUCAUGGUGCAGGCUUCAUUAUCGGCUAAAGAGCGCCACCUUGCUGCAGUCGCCAGUGCACUGUGGAGGCAUUUCUUUUCAUUUCUGAAGAGUCAGAGAAUGACACAGUUAGUGCCUCUGUCCCAACUUGCCGAUGCCGCUGCAGAUUUUACUUUGCUCGCGGUGGACAUGCCAAACACAGCACCAUCAGAUCUCCAGCCUCAGCCAGUUAUAUCAAUAAUUCAGCUUUUUGGUUGGGAUGAUAUCAUCUGUCCUCAAGUUGUAGCAAGAUAUUUAAGUCAUUUGCUACAAAAUAGCACAGUGUGGGAAGCACUUUCUCAGUCAAGCUGUGUAUCUUUUCAAUCCUUAACUAUAAGAUCAUGGGUCCGUUGUGUUUUGCAAAUGCACACAAAACACCUCUCUCAACCUGACUUGCUAAUUGGUCUGAAUGCUGAACAGACGGUGGAAAAAGAGUACAUGGAACAGCUAGCUGAAAUGACAAGGUUACUAUUUAAACUCUCAGAAGUAAAGAAUAUCUUCUCUAAGUCUCAAAUUACAGAUUUGCCCAGCCCAGAAGACCCCAAACAAGCACUUAUCCAGUUCCUAGAGGCUGUUGGUAUGACUUACAGGACUCUCCAGACAUUUUCUGAUAAAUCUGCCAUGGUCACAAAGUCCUUAGAAUACAUUGGUGAAGUAUUAAAAUACAUAAAGCCUUAUUUGGGAAAAAAAAUUUCCAGUGCAGGGUUGCAGCUGGCGUAUAGGAUCAUGGGAAUUCUCGUUAAGUCCUGGGCACACAUCUUUGCCACCUCUAAAGCACAGAAGUUACUUUUUCGGAUCAUAGACUGUUUACUGCUGCCACACGCAGUGCUACAGCAGGAGAAGGAGUUGCCUGCACCGAUGCUGACUGCAAUUCAGAAGAACCUUCCUCUGUAUCUCCAGGGCAUAUGUAUUGUGUGCUGUCAGUCUCAAAAUCCAAAUGCCUACUUGAAUCAGUUGCUGAGGAAUGUUGUUGAACAGUAUAUUGGACGGUUUCUUCCCAACUCACUGUGUGCCUCAGAUCUUGGGCAACAUCCUGUUCUUUUGGCACUGAGAAGUCCAGCCUCUCUUCCAGUGAUGAUGGCCCUAAGGAAGCAUGUUGUCCUUGCCAUACGGAAAUCUUAUCUUGAGUUUAAAGGGUCCUUGCCUCCUUCUCGAUUAGCACCCAUACUGGCCUUCAUCCUCCAGCUCUUCAAGGACACUAGCAUGGGUGUUUGCGACCUUGAGCUACUCCUUCCUGCCAUCUUAAAAUGUCUGGUGUUGGUCAGUGAGCUCCAAGUUAAAAAGCUGGCCACAGAGAACCUGCAAUGCAUGAUAAAAACCUGCCAAGUGGGGUCAGAAGGAGAACUUGCCACCCAGCUGACUUCUCUGUUGAGGCAGUUUAUCCAGGACUAUGGUAUGCAGUACAGUUAUCAAGUGUAUAGCAUCCUCGAGACAGUAGCAACACUGAAUCAGCACAUUGUCAUCCACUUGAUUCCUACUCUCACUCAGUCUCUGGAGGACUCAGAGCGGAAAUGGGGCCUUGGCAAAAAUAUUGCCCAAAGGGAAGCAUAUAGCAAACUUCUGUCUCACCUCGGCCAGGUGGGACAGGAUGAGAAGCAGAGACUGGGAACUGACAAAACGUGACGCUGCACUAGCUUCAUGUGUGCGACGUCUGGAAAGCUGCUUUGCACCUCCCCAGCUGGGGCUGUAAUUAAUUGUGUAAUGUCGUAUCACAAAUAAUUUCCUUUUUACCUGUGUGUAUAAAGUGUAUAAAUAAGGAAUGAAAGCUAAUUAGUAGCUAUAUAACAGGAUCCUGGAAUGUUGUAAAACUCUGCUCUAUCUUGAAGAGAUUUUUAACUAAAUUAAAGACUUUUCAAACCAGAA